AUGGUCGCCAUUACUCUUCCUGCUCGUCGCUCGUUCCUCCAAGAGCGCACUAUUAAAUUUGGCAUUACACAAGCCUUUACCUCGAUAUGGCUUCUGGUCCUAGUGAUCUACUACUCCAAGGGACAUUCCUUUAUGUCGCCCCUCCAAGCUUCCGUCUACCAAUUCCUCAUCUCCACCAACAUCAUCACCCUGACGUUCUUUUUGAUCUUUGCCGCCCUGCAAGUCUACAGCAUCCGCCACCAAGUUGCCUACGUUUGCAGCAGCGUUGUCAGUGAAAUGACUCUCCUCUGCGUUGUCAUUUUCCUCCAAACUGUCGCAGCCAUUGCCUUCUCGGCCAGUGUCCAGUCCUUUGCCUGCUCUGCAAACAACUGCCGAGAGAGCGUCUUCUUUGCUAUUGUCGCUUGGCUCGCCCCUCUCCUUUUCGUCAUCCACACCGUCGAGUUUAUUGCCCGCGCCCGCCGCCUCUCGACUCCCGAGACCAAAGUGUGGAAUACUGCGACCUGGCUCGUCAACUGGGAGGAGACGGCCGUCGUUGUCGAUUCGACCGACGUUGAAAAGGGACUUUCUGCCCCUAAGCCCCUCGUCUUGCCCAUCAAGAAUUCCUCGAACAAGGGCCCCAGGUCCAAGGAGAUGCCAGCACAACGUGCAAUUUCCAAGGCGUACCGAAACAUGCGCGGAAAGAGCAUGCCCCCUCCAGCUCUGCCCCCCAAGAGCCCGCGCUUUGCCCCCGUUUCGGAAAAGGAUAUCAUCAACAAGGCUCGCUUCAGCGCCAACGGCGACCAAGUGAUCUUGAUCGUACCCUCAAAGCUCCAGUACACCGUGCCCCGCCUCAGCCACCCACCUAAAUACUUUAUCCAGAUCCCAGAGAACAUCUCCUACGUCGUCCCUCGAUUGUCAAAGCCCCCUUGCCCAAAGAUUCGUGCAAAGGAGAGGCGCAGAGCUCGCAAGGCAGCUGCCGCAUCUGCUGCCGGCGCCAUCUCCCCACGCAAGUGGGUCUCGACGAUCAUGUCGUGA